CGGUUCCUCGGUAGCUCUGGUGCCCUCUGCCCAUAGACUUAAUAUUGACUCUUCCUCUUUUUUUCCUUCUCUCUUUUCCUUCCCAUCCCCCCACUCGGUUUGAAUGCCGAUGUCACCAGCAGCUCCUCUUACGAAGCCGAAAGUGCUGAAGCAAAAGCGCAGGAAAUUCAUCCAUUUAACAAAAGCGAAGACGGCCUGCGAAAAGCGCCAGGAGGCUGAAAGAGAUCCGAUAUUAUAAAACAAAUAAUCUUCAGCUCCAUUUCGAUUUGCACACGCUUUUCUGCUCCACCUACACUUGCCUGCUCAGAACAUGGCAAGUGGGCAUCCCAUUGACUCAUUUGCUUUCAUGUACAGACCCGAAAGCACUCAGAACUCAAAGAGUAAGAUUCGACCGUCUUCCAGCAUGAAUCCUGUUUAUAGUCAAAUGCAGCCAGGCACAGCGUAUGGAAACCCCAAGACCAUGACAUACCCAGGCUAUGCUGCAGGUUAUCCCACUACAGCUCCAACAUACACACCUAAUAUCUACCAGACUGGCACUCCGGGAUACCCUCCAGGAUACACAACAGGAACUCCCUACAAGGUGCCUCAGGCACAGACGAACGGAGCUCCUCCACCAUACUCUGCGUCCCCGAGCCCCUACUCCACAGCUAUGUAUCCCAUUAGAAGUGCCUACCCUCAACAAAACCUCUAUGCUCAGGUGGGCAGUAAUACACACCAUCCAGAGGGUGCGUAUUAUUCCCAACCGAUGUUUGCACAGCCACAUGUAAUCCAUCACACUACAGUGGUGCAGCCCAACAGCCUGCCAUCGGCCAUCUACCCAGCACCGGUGCCUGCCGCCAGGCCUAACAGUGUGCCUGUGGGAAUGCUGAGUGGUUCCACGAUGGCCAUGUCUGGGCCUCUGCUCACCACACCGCAGCACACGCAACACAUUGGCACUCACCCGGUCACCGUGCCAACGUACAGGCCGCAGGGGUACAGCUAUGUACCUCCGCACUGGUAGAGCUGCCAACACACUGCAUAUCUGGAGUACACAUUGUUCACAUUUCCAGACUUUGUGGACGCAGCCUCCAGCACCGGGCCAGAGAGUCCUUCAGCGAGUACAAAUACUGAACGAGCAACGGUCACUUUAUGUGUUCUUGGUGAUUUCGUUAAAGCUGCUCACUCGAUCGAAAUUUGUUCAGUUUUUGUUACGUUAGAAAUCCCUGACCAACACUUACCAGCAGUUAAAACACAUAAACAGAUCAAUUCAACUACACCUGAGCAGCAGAGAACAUUUAGCUGCUAUUAACACUGGGUUCUGUGCAACACUAGUACUAUCUUUAACAGUCUGAAUGUACACAUUUGCAUAUUACAUUACAUAACACUUAGAUUUAAGUUCAGGGUUUUUUUUUUUCUUUUUGAUUUACAGUGCUCUUGUGAAAAGGGCUAUGCUUUUUUUCCCCUCUGUUAAAAUUGGCCUUUGAGAAAAGGUUGACGUCCUCCAUUUCUCAGCACAUUACAGGGGUAUUCUUUCAUGUGCUAGUUUGCAAAAAUUGGGGACUCAACAGUGCAUCAUUUUCCUCUGGUACUGCCAUUCAAGUACACAGAUUUUAGAGAAGAUUUCAGUGAUUUAACCAGCUCUAGUGUACGUUAAAGUGGGUUGGACAUAUGUAGUGGGUUUUAAAACAGUUAACUAGAUUUAGAGAACGCUCAAAAUAAAUAAGCUCUUUUCACACUUUAAAUGGGACCAUUAGACAUUUGAAGUGAAUCAAAAGGACACUUCAUGUGCUUUUGUAUACACAAUGGGUUAACUAGGUUAAGUGGACAUUUACUGCAAGUGGAUUAACCAACUUUAGUGAUUAUUAUCAUUUAUUUGGUCUAUUAACCAGCAUUAACAAGGGCUGUCAGAUUUAGUGGGUUAUCUGGGCAUAAUGGACAUUUAAAUGGCUUAACCAGCUUAAGUGGACAGCUCUUUGGGUGAAUCACCGUAAGUGGACACUUCAAUUGGGUUAGCCAGUUUUGAUUCCCACUUUAGUCAACUAAACAACUUUUAGAGGACAUUUCAAUGGUUCAAUCAUCCCAAGUUCUAGUUGUAGAUAUUUGUGUUAGCUAAAUUUAAGAUUAAGAUUUAAAGAGCCCUUUCAUUGGCUUGUCAUCUUAACUAGAGAUCUUUUAAAUGGGUUAGUAGACAUUUCUGGAGGUUAUCCAGCUUUAGGGUUGGGUUCACAGUACGCGUCAACGGGAGGGUGGAGGGUAAUUCUGUUCUAAUGGACAUUUUAUUCUGUUACCCAGCUUUAGUGCACAUUAAGUUUUAAUGGAGUAGAUAAUCCACCAUAUUUCAUGAAGCUGUGAAGCAAUGUUGAUAUAUUAUCCAUGCAGUAUGUAACAUGAACAAAAUGAGCAAAAAGGCCUGCUGUAAUAGGCUUUACAUGCACAUGCAAAUGCUUAUUAAAUAUGCACUCACUUGUAUGCAUAUGCGGACAUCGUAGAACAGAUACAGUAAGACAGGAGCAAUGCAGCUAAGAGGCUUAGAGGUGUACUGAAGUGUGAAAAAUAAACAGGAAGGUUAGAGGCUCUCGUCAUUUGAACUUUUCUGCCAAUUUGUACUCGCACCACACCAUGCUCCUCUUUGUGUUUAGAUUGUUAGAUUGAAGCAAACAGAAUUCGAGUGUGACUUUUAGGACUAUGUGAUCACUGAUGCAAACAUAUUUAAUUCAGUGAUUCUUUCCAUCAUACUAAAAUAUGACUAGAUCAAAGCAGCAGCUUUGGAUGCUUGGCUUUUAAGUGUGGUUUGCAAUAAAGUUCAGAAGUUCACGUGGUUUUCAUACUUCUGUUUAGCAACUACUGUUUUUAAAACACCCUUGGCAUCUUUCUUUUUAAUAAUUCACAAGCGGCAACUUGCAGCACAAAACAGAUUCAAACCUUGGGAGCAAACCUAAUCUGAAUAAAUAUUGUUUUUUUUUGUUGUUUUUUUGUUUUAUUGUAAUCAUAGCCUAAUAGCUACUUAGCAUGCCAUUUAGCUUUUUGGAUUAUGACCUAGCAUGCUGAUUAGCUAGCAUCAUAAAAAUAAUAGAUAUUAUAUUAGCAGGUAUAACUAGAUUUGACAUUUGAUUGAAUUGUACAAAAAAGUUGGGAAACUGAAAAAUGUGAAUAAAACAGAAUGCAAUGAUUUGCAAAUUUGAUAAACCCAUAUUUUAUUCACAAUCAUAGAAAACAUUAAAUGUUUAAAGUUAGGAAAUGUAUAAUUAUUAGGAAAAAAAUUAGGUAAGAAUUAGGUUUGAAUUAGGGACAAAUAAAUGUAUGAUAAAGUAUGUUUAUCACUGUGUAGCAUCCCCUCUUCUUUUAACAACAGUCCAUAUACAUCUCGGAACUGAGGAGACCAGUUUCUGGAGUUUUGGGAGAGAAAUGUUGUCCUAUUUGUGUCUGACAAAGGAUUCUAACUGUUCAACAGCCCUGCGUCUUCUUUGUCAUAUUUUUUGUUUCAUGGGCCAAAUGUUUUCAAUUGGUGAAAGGUCUUGACUCCAGGUAGACCAGUUCAGCACUCCGACUCUUCUACUACAAAGCCAACGUGUUGUAAUAGAUAGUCUUGCUGAAACAUACAAAGCCUUCCCUAAAAAAAACACAUCUUGUGUAUCUAAGCAAAUGUUGAGCUAAAACCUGUAUUUAUCUUUCAGCAUUGAUGGUUCCUUUCCAUAUGUGCAAGCUGCCCAUUCCAUAGGCACUAAUACACCCCAUAAAAUCAGAGAUGCAGGUUUUGAAGUGAGUGCUGAUGAAUAACUGAACAUUUACAUAACAACAAUUUGCUAAUUUUAAACAUUUGGCAUGUUUUCUAUGUUCUAUUGUGAAUAAAAUAUGGGUAUAUGAUAUUUGCAAAUCAUUGCAUUGUGUUUUUAUUUAAAUUUUAACGUCCCAACUUUUCUGGAAUUAGGGUCGCAUGAUGAUCAAAUAAUAUUGCAUUCUGGUAAGGUCAGUAGUCCCACAAUGUACAGUGGUGCCAAAUUCAGCCUUCAUUACGUACGGUCUUUAAAUGAUAAAUGUGGUUGAAGGAUUAUCAAGGGUGUUUUAAAAACAGUUGGAAAGCAAGAUGUUUUUCCCCAUUCAGUCUCUCUCUCUUCAUGCAUGCUAGUUGUCAUAGAUUUAAAGUCUGAGGUAUCACUAAAGAAGGAAUUAAGAAUCUGUGUUUUUUUGUGCAUUAGGGUUUUUAUGCGUGGGCAUAAAAUAAUAGUUUGUACAAGUGAGAGACUACAUUGCUCAAGAAAGUCAUAACGAACAUAUGUAACAUUCAGUAAGAAAUAUUGCACUUUUCAAAAGUAAUAAUCUAUGCUUGUAGUUGGUACAGUACUUAUUCUUAAAUAAACAGCGCAUUUAUUGUACAUUUCAAUUGUGGUACUCUAGUCUUCCAGACAAAAAAAAAUGAAUACACUGUCCAUACAAAAUAUUAUAUAUCAUUGCAGUAUUCUUCCAUAUUUUAACCACUUUAUAAAAAAAAGUCUGUGCUUUAUUAAAAAGCAACAAAACCUGCAGGCUAUAUGUCAAACGAUCACGCUAGUCUAGAUUGUGUGUUUGUCUAGGGGAGGUUGUGCCGUGUCAGUCUGUGUGUAUGGUGAGAUUUGCAGCAUCCUCUGUAUCCUCGUGAACUGUUGGUUUUAUGCAGUUAAAGCGUCAUGAAAUAACCCAAAUUAUAUGUUAGAUUGCAGAAGCAUGCUCUUUGGCUUCCAUGAGCGUUCGGCUUAAAACCAUGAAAGAACCAAGUCAUUAAAAUGAAAGUUUGCUUUUCUAAGUUACUUUGGGCGACUUUACGUUUCGAAGGUUCACAUCAAAACGAAUUAAAAACGAAUAAAUCGACUUGUUUGGAUGUAAGAUUUCGUUUAAACGUUUUCUAUAAAGCUUGCAUUCAUAAAACUAUUAUAAUAUGCUUUGAAUUCUUUUGGUCAUUGGCAAGUUAUAAUACUAAUGACUUAAACGUCAUUAUUCAUCUAUGUUUCAAGAAUUUUUAUUAGUAUAAUAAAAUAUAAAUGUAAAAUGAUUGUGGUAGCCACAGGGUGAUUAACACCCUAAUGUUUUUGAAGCUUGUGGCCAGGAAAGUGUUCUAUAUGUUUUCUGUGGGAGAAGCGUCAGAAUCUGAGACUACAGACACGAUGCGAUCUAGACAUACUGAACGAAAUUGUAAUAAAUAACAAAAAACCCCACAUACACACAACUGAAUAUUUUAAACUAUGCACUGGUUGAUUAUUUGUGACUGAAUACAGUAGUAGAACACUAUAUUUUACACACUUUAUACACUUUUUACACACUCAUUUUAUUCUGUAGCGAAAUGCAAGCAGCAAUGCAUGGCCGCUCGGAACAGACGUGCGAAUACUGAGAAGUGCGAAGUAUUUGCAAUGUACAUAUCCAAAUAUUAUACUGAGAAUGAGUAUUUUGAGUAUUUGAGCACUCUAAUGUAUUUUCAAAUACAUGUAUUUUCUCAAACACUUAAGUACUUAAGUACUUUUUCCGCCCAGGUCUGUUAUAGAAAGUGUGAUCAUUUUUCAUUCCUUAUUUCAAUUUUAUUUACUUCUGGAUAAGUCUUAAUGUUUUUGUUUGUUCAAUAUAAUUACAGUACAACUCAAUUUUUUACCAUAUCAUAUCAUCUGCUGACAUGUAAUGCCAUAUAACACUUCAGGGUUGGUUUUUUUUCUUUUCUUAAUCUUUGAGGAUCUGCAAGAAUAGUUUUACUUGUUGAAUCUUAGUAGUUUAUCAAAACCAUGUUUAAAUACAAAUGAGAAAUUCUCAGAUUCUAUUUGCAAGAUCUUUCAAAGCGUGGACUCUAAUGAGAGUGUGUCUCCUGUAGGUUUUCAUCAUGACCAAAGUAAACCGAUUUGGAAUUUAAAUUUAGAGAUUUGAUUCACGAAAAUGACAAAGACACCAAAAUUGCAAAAUGAUGCAAUGUAGAUUAUUUUAAGUCAAAUUCACUUUAAUUGGAAUAUAUCAAAUUUAUUAUAUUUUUUUGGCAAGAAACACUUUUCCUAGAGAACGUUCUCCCCUUCUAGUCCACCUGUUGUAAACCAGUGUUUUGCAGUUUCUUUUGCAGUACACAAGCACAAAAUUGCAGAUAAUAAACCAAGAUAUAAACACAGGCUGGCACAUCAUCAUUUGAAAUCGACUUUCCAUUCUGAGUUUUGGUUUCAUUUAGCAGGGUUUAAAACCAACAUGCACCAAACUUCAGUUUCACUUAGUGCUUGUGUCUGUUACAUGACGUUGCAAUAGUUACUCACAUCUGGUUUGUGCAAAUGAAGUAAAAUUCUGUUGUUUUAUGUUGUAACGAGGAUCUGUUAGCUGAUCUUGGUGAAUCAAAAGCCAGGGUUGUAUUUGUAUUAUAUUUGCUGUACAUGUAAAAUGUAGACCAUUCAAUAACUAUUAAAAUCUUUCAAAAACAA